GUUUUAUUUUAGUACACAAUAUCUAGUUUAAUACAAACUAUUUAGAAUCAGUUUGCACUUGUUUUGGUCAUGAUAAUAGGUCAUAUUCAUCAAAUAGACAAGUAAAUAAUAUUUUUAUCCUACAUAUUGAGCACAGUUGUGAAUGCCAUCUGAAAAAGCUGCUGAAUCAGCUUGCAAGUUUCUGGGGUACGAUUUCCGUGGAGAUCCGGGUCAAUGGCAAUGCCGAAAACGAAUAACGCAAGCAGAUGUUCCACGUACUGAUGAUGGCCUACGAAUCUUAGCUGCCAAUGGUAGCUGGUCGGAAGUGAUUUCAUUGGCUACAAAGCUAGAAGAAACAGCAGUGAAGAACGCACGGUUUUGCGUUAUGCAAAGUAAUGAGGGAGCCCUGGUGCAGCCAGCAACGCACACGGCGGAGUUAGUGGCUCGACUACCUUAUAUACUAGCUCAGAUGUCAUCCUAUUUUAAAAUGCAGCGCGUCGAGAAGGCCAAGGAACUUCUAGAUGCCCUAGGGGAUAUUGAAGGUGAUGCUUUUUUGGAUCCGAUUACACGUGAGAACUUGGCACCUUUCUCGCUUCGCUUUCUUUCCUCUCUUAUUCCAUUUUAUAUGUCUAAUCCAAUGGAAACAUUGAAAAGGCUAUAUAAGCUUUUGGAUGAACAUGAGAACUAUGGGCCAGAUUCAUUUUCAUCACUUUCCAGAAAUGUAAGACGAAAAUAUGAGCAGCGCGUAAAGCGAAUUCAACGGGCCCUUAUUCAUGUUUAUUACAGUACUGGAAAGUUUGAAUUAGCCAUUAGAACAUUUCAAAAAAUGAUUGAGUGGGAGGAGGAUGUAGAGAACAUGAUUGCAAAGACCAAGUGCUGGUCUCAAUCAAAGAGAAUUAGGAAUGUUCUUCAACUCCAGCAAUUCGCAUGUCUGUGUUUACAUUGUGGUGAUACGGUCAUAUCUGGGAAGGCAUUUAACAUCAUUGCUAUGAUUUCCAGCGGGAGCCCUUCCAGUUCUUUCCCCUCUAACAAUUCUGGGAGAAUUAAUAAUGAGGAUGCCAACGAUGAAAGUAUCUCAGAGGCAUCUCUAUAUUCACAUAUUAUUAAUAUGAAUGAAGGGUUCAAGUUGAUUGUUUCAGGUAAAUUCAGUGAAGCCGCAGUGUGUUUUCGAUCAAUCGCUCAUCGUCUCAGUAGCAAUAUAAAAGGCUGCUCACAUCAGGCAUCAUUAGAUCCCAAUGUUGGGAAUCGAUUGAUGAUUGACGUGCUAAGCGAUACAGUUCUUCAGCAGCUUAAGAGCAACGCUCAAACAUCACAUUGCACCAGUUUGCUGUACUGUAGCCAUGAAGACAAGGCUUCAGAAGCCUUCAUGACAGAAAUAAGGGACACAUUAGAGCACUACUUGAGGGAAGACCCGAGCCUUCUUACCCAAUCGGAUGCCUUUUUAAGCGACUUAGUUCGUGUUUAUGCACUUUGCGGAGAACGUAAGGAAAAAUUGGAACAACUCGCAGGAUUAUUGGAGGUUUUCAGAUGCGAUGCUGCGUCUCUGCCUAAUCUCGAAAAAAUGGUUUAGCAUUACAUUUGGUCUGAGAUACUGAUAUUGCCCUAGCUUAGGUUCUCUAAGGGGUAAAUACUGCUAUAAUAAUUGUGAAUUCGAAA